GAAUCAGGCUUAUUAUAAAAAAUUCCACACUUAACGAACAGAUCCUUAUCGCAGAUUCAGAAAAUCAAAACCACCAAACGCACUCGCUCUCUCUCUUCCCUCUAAUAGAGAACAAGUUCUGAAAAAUGUUAUCGCAUGAGUCGAGCAUCGUUAUUCGGCUCCCGCAACAGGAGGCGAUCGUAUUCAAGUAGCUGCGCCUCCGCAAUGCUGCCGGAUUCCGCCGCCAGGCGAGCCGCCAUCCUUUUCGUAGCUAUUUCGGUGUCGUGCCUGUUCCUCUACAGGGCCGCCGAUACACUGUGGUUCCUCCCUCCCUCCGGUUCCUUCUCCUCCUUUCCCUACAUUUUCCCUUCUAUCAGAGACGCCAUUGAAUCUCCCGUCAGUAAUGAAUUCAGGCUAGAAAAAGUUUUGAAAGAUGCUUCCAUGAAUGAUAGGACUGUUAUAUUGACAACUUUGAAUGAAGCAUGGGCGGCACCAAAUUCCAUAUUUGAUCUCUUCCUGGAGAGCUUUAGAAUAGGAUAUCAGACCCAUGGGCUUUUGAAUCACUUGGUCAUUAUUGCAUUGGAUCAGAAGGCUUUUUCACGAUGCAUGGUUUUGCAUAAGCAUUGCUUUGCUCUUGUCACCGAGGGAGUUGAUUUUCAUAUGGAGGCAUACUUUAUGACCCCUGCCUACUUGAAGAUGAUGUGGAGAAGGAUUGAUUUUCUGCGCACUGUUCUUGAGAUGGGCUACAAUUUUGUGUUCACGGAUGCUGAUAUCAUGUGGUUCAGAAAUCCGUUUCCCCAAUUUUAUUUCGACGCCGAUUUCCAGAUUGCAUGUGAUCAUUUUCUAGGCAGGCCAGAUGAUUUACAGAACAGACCAAAUGGGGGUUUUAAUUAUGUGAAGUCCAACAAUAGGUCAAUAGAGUUCUACAAGUUCUGGUACUCUUCUCAGGAAACCUAUCCUGGAUAUCACGACCAAGAUGUCCUUAAUUUCAUUAAGUUGGAUCCUUUCGUCUUGGAUAUUGGACUGAAGAUGAAAUUCUUGGAUACUGCCUUCUUUGGUGGCCUUUGUGAACCAAGCAAAGAUUUGAAUUUAGUUUGUACGAUGCAUGCAAAUUGCUGUUUUGGUUUGGACAGCAAGCUUCAUGAUCUAAAAAUUAUGAUUGAGGACUGGAAAAGCUUUUCGUCUCUGUCGCCAAGUUUGAAAAUGUCAUCGGUGUGGUCUUGGAGUGUCCCACAGAAUUGUAGUAUUGAUUCUCUCCGUCAUUAUGGUUCCCCGGUGGAAAGUAUCAAACAGGAACUAGAAGACUGAAUUUUAUUGUGAAUAUGUUUAGACGACUAUCUCCCCUGCAAGCAUAAUGAGAAGCCUCUGCUGCUGUGGGACUGAAGUGAAAUUCUUGAAGCAACUCUUGGUGCGAAAAUCUUGGUGCAUCUGUGUCUAUCUCCUAAGAAGAGUUAGCAAUUUCUGGAAUAUUACAGAAGAGGUAUCCGAAGAAAGAGUCUUCUACAUUUAGAUUAGCAUGUAGUUCCAUCAUCACCAUGAAGUGUUGUAAUCCUGUUGAUAGUUAAACUAAUUCAACUUAUACAGCUUCUGCUGUAUAAAAUAUUUUAUUGGUUUCUUAUAAUAUUUUAGAACAUAAAUAGCUUUCACAUA